UUGCACUUGGCAUUUCGCAGCAUUUAGCAAUAUAUUUAAUUAUUAAUUGUGUAUUGUUGAUAGUCACAGUGUUAGGAGUAUUAAAUAUUAGAAAAAAGUAGGUAUUAUAUUAGACACUCUGUUUGAUAAUAAGGGAUUCCGAUAAUAUUGUGGAACGAUUGGUAGGUAAUUACAAUUAUUGAAAAUAAGAUGGGAAGAGCAUGACUAUUAUAAUUAGUACUAUUAGUAGUUUAUGAACACACAAACGAUAAUUAUGAAUAAUUUGCUACCAUAAUCUUAAGUCCUUAAUCCAGUUAAUCCCACAAAUAUCUGCCUAAUCAAACGCAAUUGUUUGACCUAUUGUUGAUGUUAAUUGCGAAAUAUAUCAUUUAACAUUGUCACAGUAGUCAGAUGUUAAUCAAACGUUUAUAUUCAGUUUUUAAAAAUUCAUUUUCUGACAUGGACAAUCUUAUUGCUGUUUGUCAAAUAACAUCAUCUUCCAAUAAAGAAAAAAACUACCAAAUGUGCAAGGCAUUAAUUACUAAUGCCCAUAAAUGUGGAGCUAAAAUGAUUUUCAUGCCAGAGGCUUUUGAUUACAUUGAGGAAGAUAAAACUAAGACAUUGGAGAUGGCUGAAUCUUUAAAUGGACCUCUUAUCAAUAGUUAUAAAUCAUUAGCUAAAUCAUUGGAUAUUUGGCUAUCUCUAGGUGGAUUUCAUGAAAAGUUUUCAGAAACCAAAUUAAGGAACACACAUUUGGUUAUUAACAAUAAAGGUGAAAUAGCUGAAACUUAUCAUAAAAUACACUUAUAUGAUGUUCAGAUACCUUCAAAAAACAUUCAAGCAUUCGAAUCAAGCAUAAUUGAAGCUGGUACUAAAAUCUCACCACCUGUUAAAACUCCAAUUGGGAAAGUUGGUUUAGCAAUUUGUUAUGAUAUGCGAUUUUCUCAAAUAGCUAUAGCGUUAGCUGAGAAUGGAGCAGAUAUUUUAACAUAUCCAUCGGCAUUUUUUUUUGGAACAGGUGCAUAUCAUUGGGAAAUAUUAUUGCGAGCCAGAGCCAUUGAAACUCAAUCUUAUGUAAUUGCUGCUGCACAAACUGGCAAUCACAGCUCAACCAGGAAAUCUUGGGGUCACUCAAUGGUGGUUGAUCCAUUAGGAACAGUAAUAGCACAAUGUUCUGAAGAACCUGGUUUUGUUUUGGCACCAAUUGAUUUAUCAUUAAUAAAAAGUAUUCGCCAGUCAAUGCCUCUAGAAUCUCAUAGACGAUAUGAUAUUUAUCCAAAAAUGAUUUCAAAUACUAUAUGUAAAAAUGAGCCAAUUGAAGAUUCUUAUGAAUUUAAAUUUGGUUCGUCAAUAGUUAAAGGCUUACAAGUCUUUUAUAAAACACAAUUAUGUUUAGCAUUUACCAACAUUAAAUGUGUUUUACCAGGUCAUGUUUUAGUGGCUCCUCAUAGAGCUGUAGAAAAAUUGACAGACUUAACUAAUGAUGAAGUUAAGGAACUAUUCGUUACAGUUCAAAAGGUUCAAAAAGCCAUGGAACAAGUGCAUAACACAAAUUCAUCAUCUAUUGUUAUUCAAGACGGUCAACAUGCUGGUCAAACAAUUAAGCAUGUUCAUGUUCAUAUUAUUCCAAGAAAGUCUGGAGAUUUUUUGGCGAAUGAUGACAUAUACAGAAAAUUACAAAAUGAAAAAGACUGUUUAAAUCCAAAGAGAAGUGAUGAUGAAAUGGCUCAUGAAGCUAAAUUAUUAAGAACAUUUUUUUAAAUAACUUAGUUUCAAAAAUUAUGUUUGUUAGUUGUUUGAAUUACAUUAUUACUCUUUGACAACACUUAUCAUAUGAAU